AUGAUGCACGUUUGGCGGAGCUUCGGCUCCUGGUUCCUGCCCAUGGCAACUGCCGCUCCAGACCACACAUCCACAGCAGUCCUGCGAUCUUAUACUCCUACAGUACCUUCGGGUGAUUUCCCCAUCUGUACCGACCCUCGCGGCCCUUUCCGACCAUUCUGUCUUCCGGAAGAUGGUGCGAACGUGACGGUGGGUGGGACAUACUACGUUACAUGGGAUGCGGACUUCUAUCCCCUGAAUGCCACGAUCACUAUUGAGUUGAGAUAUCCGCACUCGGCAGAAGGAGAUUCGGCAUAUACGUCCGACAAGACAGAUAACAGCUACGGAUAUACCCACAUCAAUAUGCGUCAGGCAUGGCUACAGGGAAAGCAGCAAAACCUGCUGACGCUUUAUAUCAUCGAGUUGGACGCUGUAUCAGACAAGCGGGCAAGUGCCCGACAGGGUCCAACGGUCACCCUUUCUUCUAAGCCAGUGGAUCAUCGCAUACGUCCCCCACGCCCGCCUUUCAACAAGUUGGGUCUGUACAUUGGUCUCCCGGUGAGCCUCAGCGUGGUGAUAUUGGUUGUUGCCGGUCUUUACUUCGGCAUGCGAGAGAGUAGACGGAUUGAUCUGGGGAGCAUCAUGGGUCCGGGUUAUGGGAUUCGAAAACCCAAAAUUCAGCGCCUAGGACGCAGUAGGGAUGGCGGGUCAGCGAGAUACUCGGAUGGAAUGGGUUCGGAGAUUUAUGAAGUGGCGCAGUCUGAUCGACAGGAUGGUCUAGAGCGCAGCCUCAGCUUCGCGUUCAAGCGCGAUUCGUCGAAACUGAAGAGCUGGAAGGUGUGAGGCUCGACCAGUGCGGUAAGACUAGUGAUGCCAGGAUUCAGUGCGCGCUUCCCAGUUUAUGAUUGCUCUUCGGGAAUUGUCUUUAUUCGUUUAGUCAGUGGUUCUCGAAGUAGCUAGUUAAAAUCUCACUAUCCUUCAACAGUACAGUGGAAGCGAAGCUGCAAUGUGCCAAUGACAGUGUUAGUGGAG